UUUAAUCUCUUCCACAUCUCAUUCUCAUGCCUACUACAUACGUAUAGUUGCUUGAGUGGUGAAAGUGGAGGAGCAGCGACGUAAGGAACCUAAGGCCUUACAGAUUGGUUUCGAGUGAUAAGACCAGCAGCAGCACCAAGCACAAACCCACCCACCACGCCAACCACAAUGGGAUCUCCCAUGACAGCUUUCCACCCACCGCCCUCGCCAAAGGGACCUCCCAUGGCAGCUUCCCACCCACCAACCUCGCUUACCCAGCAGUUGAGGCAGAUGCAGCAGGAGUUGGAAGCCAGGAUGGAACGCCUCAGUAGCGACCACCCACCGCCCUCGCCAAAGGGACCUCCCAUGACAGCUUCCCACCCACCAACCUCGCUUACCCAGCAGUUGAGGCAGAUGCAGCAGGAGUUGGAAGCCAGGAUGGAACGCCUCAGGAACAACAAUCCCGUCUUCUCCAAACCAAUUACCUUAUUGGCCGACACCAAGGCCUCCAAGGAUAACAUGCUGAAGGUUGAUUCGAAGCUCAACCUACAAAUGGAGGACAAGGCCUCAAAACAGGAGGUCUUGGAUAUGGAAGCCAAGGUGGAUGAGAUGGGGAAGACGGUGAUCACCGAGAUGCAGCUCGAGCUCCACAAGUGGGCUGAAUUCACAAAGGAAUCGCAUGCCGCCCUCUGUCAGAGGCUCGAACAGUUGAUCUCGCCCUCUCCAGUCAAGAAGGAGGCGGCUGACUCGACUUCCAAGGACGACAUUCUGGAAAGUGAGGCCAAGCUUGACCCACAACUGGAGGAUAUGGCCUCAAAACGGGAGGUGCUGGAGGUGGAAGCCAAGGUGAAUGAGUUGGGGGAAACACUGGCUUCCAAGGUCAAAGAGGAGGCCGCCGACUCGGUUCUCCAGGAGGCUCACCCCGUUGGGGUCAAGAAGAAGGAGGAAGACCGCUCGUCGCGCACAGGGCCAUUCGGCGCAACCGACAAGCAGGCGCCACCCAGUGCGCAGGUUCUAUUCAUAUUUCCAAAACUGGUCAGCCUGGACCAGAAGCGACCAGGGGCAAUCACCUCGAUGGUCAUGAUGAACCUCGACAAUUGGGGUCACGCACCAACAAUGAUGGCGAUCGACGCCUCAUCAACGCUGAGUGAGGCAAAUCAGGCCAUUCCCAAGCCUGUCAUUACAGCCAACAGACUCCCCAGCGGAAAUGAUCAAGGUUCGCCUUGGUGUCGAUUCUGCCGCACCUAUCAUUGGCGCAAUGGAACACCUUGCCAGGUGGAAGUUGCCAAUGUACUCAUUGCUCCUCCCGACGCUCAAAGUGAUGGUGAGGGCUAACAAGCGCUCAUCAUGGUUGAAAGACAGUCUCGGGGACGAGACUUUAUCUCGGUUGGGGGACAUGUAAGGCCGCAGGGUGAGAUGCGACCUCACAUCAGCUCGGAGGCUCACCGAUCAGAUGGCAUAGCACGUGCUCCCGGACUUGCUGUGCUGGCAGCUCCUUUAUAUGCUCUCUUCUUACCUUUUCCAUACUUUAAUCUCUUCCACAUCUCAUUC